CUCUAUAUUUACCUCAAUGCCACUCCAGGAAUAGAUAGAAAGAAGAAGAAAGGGAAAAGAAUAAGCAUAACUUGCAAUGACAUUGUCCUUACUCUUCAGCCACCCAUUUUUCUUUCUUUCUCUAAAACCUAUACGCUAUACAAUCACUUUCUCUCUCUAUAUAUAUAUAUAAAAGGGUGAAUGAUAUGUAAUAGGAUUUCAUUGCAUAUUUCUCGGUGGAGCUAGAGAGAGUAAGUUUUUCAUUGAUCGAGGGAGAAAGAGAAUGGGAUCAUCAACGGCCACGCAGAGCAGCAGCAGCUAUGAUCUGUCGUUUAAAAUCUUAUUGAUCGGUGACUCAGGAGUGGGGAAGAGCAGCUUGCUCCUCAGUUUCAUUUCUAAUGCUGUUGACGAUAUUACCCCUACCAUUGGUGUCGAUUUUAAAAUCAAGACGCUCACUGUUGGUGGGAAAAGAUUGAAGCUUACCAUUUGGGACACGGCUGGACAGGAGAAGUUCAGGACAUUGACAAGCUCCUACUUCAGAGGUGCUCAGGGGAUCAUUCUUGUUUAUGAUGUGACAAGGAGAGAUACAUUCACAAACCUUUCUGAUGUGUGGGCAAAAGAGGUGGAGCUUUAUUGUACUAAUGAGGAUUGUGUUAAGAUGUUGGUCGGAAACAAAGUUGACAGAGAAUCUGAGAGAGCUGUUAGCAGGGAGGAAGGUGUUGCUCUAGCAAAAGAGCUUGGAAGUUUAUUUCUCGAAUGUAGUGCUAAAACUCGCGCAAAUGUAGAGCAAUGCUUUGAAGAGCUCACAUUAAAGAUAAUGGAGGUGCCUAGUCUUCUGGAAGAAGGAUCUACUUCAGGGAAGAAAAAUAUAUUGAUACAGAAACAACAACAACAACAAACAACACAGUCACUGAGUAGUUGUUGCUCAUGAAACUCUCCGAACUAGGACCAA